AUGCCUCUUCCCAUAUUCGGUAAAUCACACAAGUCUCCAGCCGAUGUGGUGAAAAAUCUGAAAGAGGCUCUUGUUGCUGUCGAGAAGACUCAAGGCGAUAAAAAGGGCGACAAAGCCGUUGAAGAGGUGAACAAAUGGUUGCAGAUGGUUAAAAGUAUUAUUUACGGGUCUGAAACGCAGGAUCCUCAUAGCGAGCAGGUUGCACAGCUCGCUCAGGAAACGUAUAACGCUAAUGUGCUACCGAUGCUAAUAAAAAACUUGGCCAAGUUGGAUUUUGAAAGUAAAAAGGAUGUUGCACAAAUUUUCAACAAUCUUCUUCGAAGACAGAUUGGAACUCGUUCACCCACUGUAGAAUACCUAGGUGCCCGUCCCGAAAUGCUAGUUCUUCUCGUCAAUGGCUAUCAAAAUGGUGACAUUGCUGUGACAUGUGGCCACAUGUUACGUGAAUGUAUUCGUCAUGAUCAGUUAGCCAAGAUUUUGCUACAGCAUGAAUCCUUCUACAAAUUCUUCACGUAUGUCGAGUUAUCCGCUUUCGACAUUGCUUCAGAUGCCUUCGCGACGUUUAAGGAUUUGAUCACACGACAUAAGACGUUGUGUGCUGAAUUCUUGGACGCAAAUUACGACCGUUUUUUCACCGAGUACCAGAAACUGCUCAACUCUGAUAACUAUGUUACAAGACGACAAUCACUUAAACUGCUUGGCGAACUGCUUUUGGAUCGACAUAAUUUCAACGUGAUGACAAGGUAUAUUUCCAAUCCUGAAAAUCUCAAGUUGAUGAUGGAAUUGCUACGAGAGAAAAGCCGCAGUAUACAAUUCGAAGCGUUUCAUGUGUUCAAAGUUUUUGUGGCCAAUCCUAACAAACCUCGGCCGAUUGCCGAUAUUUUGUUGAGAAAUCGAGAAAAACUGGUCGAUUUUCUUGCACAAUUCCAUACGGAGCGUACCGAUGACGAGCAGUUUAACGAUGAGAAGGCGUAUUUAAUCAAACAGAUUCAAGAAAUGAAAGCUUGA